UGAUUCCCGUUCUGAUAAGCCAAGUAUUUACAAUUGAGACACGUUUAAAAGACUUGGUAGAGUACUCCCGAUCGUCUUUCUGUCGCAAAGUGGAAGUGAGUGAGGAACCUAAAGAGUCACCAUGAAGACCCUAAUUGUACUUUCAUUGGCAAUUCUCGCCAUAGCUGGCAAGGUCACAGCCCAAGAAGACAAUCUCCUUCUUAAUGUUCUGGAAAGGACUAUUCAGCUCAACGAUGAGUACGAAGAAUUUAAGAAUGCCACAAGAUUCUUCAUGGGAGAUCACAUUAGGCACGUCGCUUCACUAGUUCUUGACGUGGUUAUUAAUGAAAUAGGCUCCUGGUCUGCCCGUUUCAAGAAACAUUGUCCCACCACAUUCAACAGUGAGGCCCAGGGAGCCAUUGUAAUGCAAUGCAGUAACGAAGCAAUGGAAGAACUUGCCUUCCGUCAAGAUGGCAUGUUUGACUUCCUCGAGCACAUGGAUGAAGUUAACAAUGAAGUUUCCAUCAGUGUUGUUGAUCGAUUGGCCGAUUUUAACAUAAUCACCAAUUCUGACGAUUUCGAGAGUAGUUUUGAUCCCAUCUACAGUGACUUCCGCAACAGACUCGAUACAUAUGUAGUUGAGCUUGGAUAUAUGAUUUCCGAUUUGGCUGGUGUGAGCAACAACAUGCCCCAAGACGUUCAAGCAUGCAUCGAUGCAGGUUUCCAAAAGCUUCUUAAGACAUGUUAAUCAUCUUUUAACUUUUGUGAUCAUUAUCAUUGUGGGUGAAUUUCAAUAAAUCUAAUUAUAAUCCAUAUACAAAAA